AUGGAUGAACUUGUGAUUGUGUGUGGUGUUUCUGGGGUUGGCGAGGGGUUGGUAUCUGGCCAGCAGAUAUCAAGGUCUAGGAAUUCCAUGGCUGUAUGUAGGACGGAGGAUGAUGUGUGCGGGCGGGCGUGUUCUGAGUCCCAGAGCAGGGGCAGGAGAGAAUGGUUUCAGUUUAAGCCGCAAUUUAGACAAGGUUUAGUGGAAACAAUAUUUUAUGACUAUCUAGCCACAAUAUGUGCUCAAGGCCACCUGACUUACAAGAUGGCCUUAGAUCCAGCCAUAUUGUAUAUGGAAGCAAGACUGGUGAUAAAUAUUUCACAGCUGUCUCCCUCGAUCUCCCCUUCACCGUCUCGCGCUUUGAUGCCAGAGGUCUUCUCCUUAGUCGCGCCUAUAACAGAACCCCUCGGAAAACAUGAGAAACUAGAAUUGGAACUGGAAAAUGUGAAUAAACGCCAAACGCCUCGCUAUGCUCCGCUCAAUCCGCUCACUUCAUGCUAUGCCGUGCCAUACUUCCUAGCUGGCCAGACUCAAUGCAAUGCCACCACAUCCUGGACUUUCGCAUAA